AUGCAGGAAUCAUUCGAAUACUUUAAUUUGAGGACGUUUUUGCCGAAAAAAGCGCUUUCUAAGCAUCAGUACUGCUUCUCCGAUAAAUCUGCAGUGAUUUUCUUUUCAUCUGGCACCACUGGACCACCCAAAGCUGUUGUUCUGAGCAACCAAGCGCUCAUUGCUAACAUCGAUGUUGUUCGGAAUGUUCAGGGUGACGGCUGUGCACAACAUCGAAUGGUAUGUUUGGGCCAUGAUGAUGUGAUUUGUGGUGUCCUGCCAUAUUUUCAUGCUGGUGGCCUGCUUACAACUUUUGGCCUCCUCGGUCUGGGAGUCCAGAUUGUAGUGAACCGUAAAUUUGACGGGCAACUAUUUCUCGAGAUUCUGCACAAAUUCAGUGUGGAUGCACUACAGUCCCUGAAAUACAUAUUUGUUGGAUCCGCACAUAUCGAAAUGAAGCUCAUCCAAAUGAUUAAUCGUCGAUUACCUAAAACUAAUGUCAUUCAAUGUAAGCUAAUCUUUUUACGUUUUUCGUAA